CUUUUUCGAGGGAAAGUGAGAGAGAAGGAGAGAGAGGGGGGAGUCGGUGAACUGGAGCUGGAAAAGGUAUUUGUCUGUUUGGCUCCAGUCAUGGCCGGGAGCUCAGAGAAAGUACCCAUUGCAACGGCGGAACCAGAGGACUCGUACCAGUUCAUGGCUCCGGCUCACUCCACCGUGUCUCUGAGACCAGCCUCCACCGGACGCCUCCUGAAGGCCGGGAUUGCUGUGCUCGUAACCGGAGCCGUUCUGCUUCUGCUGGGAGCCGUCGGGGCUUUCUACUUCUGGAACAACAAUGAAAAACACGUCUACAAUGUCCACUACACCAUGAGCAUCAACGGAAAAGUGGAGGAGGGUUCGAUGGAGAUCGACUCGGCCAACAACAUGGAGAGGUUCAGCACAGGCAGCGGGGCGGACGAGGCGCUGGAGGUCCACGACUUUGAGAUUGGAAUCACAGGGUUACGGUUUGCAGGAGGAGACAAGUGCUACAUCAGGACCCAGGUUAAAGCUCAGCUCCCUGAUGUGGAGCCUCUGAACAAGGACUCAAAGACAUUGGAACUGAACGAUGAGGUGAUGCCCGCCAAAGUCGAUGACGAUCUGAUCCUGGUGGCUGCAGGCCCCCCUCUGCCCGACCCCUCCUUCCUCAGCAGCAAGAUCAUGGACCUGUGUGGAGACCUGCCAAUCUUCUGGCUCCGUCCCACAUACUCACCCAGAGGCCAGAGGAGCAGAGCCAUCGCCCGCCAGCGCCGCCAGGCAACUCCUACGGAGGACUAUGAGGACGUGGAGGCUGAGUUCAACCCAGAGAACCCCUAUCAGCGAGGACUGGAGGGCGAGCAGGGCACCACGGAUAUCGACCCCAUGCUGGACCACCAGGGCAUAUGCUGCAACGAUUGCCGUAGGGGUUACACCCACUGCCAAAGGAUCUGUGAACCGCUCGGGGGCUACCAUCCAUGGCCGUACCACUUCAGAGGCUGCAGGGUGGCCUGCAGGGUUAUCAUGCCCUGUAAAUGGUGGGUGGCGCGCAUCUUAGGGCUGGUGUGAGAAAACCCCAAACUCAUCUGAGACGGCAUGGGGUUGAAAGGGAGGCGAGAUGAAGGAAAAAGUUUAAAAGAAAAAGGAGGAGUUGAUAACUUUACUUGUAGGAUACUGAGUUUGAGCAGAUUUGUACCAAAAAGAACUGCUGCUGUGAUUAUAAACCUCACAUCUAUAAAAAAGCUGAUUUAGACAAUAAAAGGCUGUACAGAG